ACCCCUGCAAACUGUGUGGAGCAUCGCGUUGGAAAUGGGACUGCGGUCAUACUCUCCGCGUUGUCGGACUUUAAAACUGAGCACUGUUUGAUCCAAGAGAAACGUGCCUUGUUAGGAAGCAGGAUGUUCACAGGAUCCACAAAACUGCCACCCACUAAAACCCCCCAGCCCGAGCGGCUGGAUGAAGUGUAUGCUGCCUUACGCAGAGGCUUACAGUCGUACCUGCAGGUCCACCAGCUGGAGCUGGAGAGUCUGGGUCAGCAGAUCAGAGAAAACAAGAGGAAUGGUCGUUUGGGGUCUUUGUAUGAGCUGGAUAAGCAAGUGAAAGCCAUAGAGAGGUUCAUGCGUCGCUUGGAAUUCCACUUGAGCAAGGUUGAGGAGUUGUACGAUGCUUAUUGUAUACAGCGGCGACUGCGUGAUGGAGCGAGCAAGAUGGUGGCGGCCUUUAACUCCGCCACUGGCAGCAAGGAGGCCAGAGAGAGCCUGAGUGAAGCCAACAAGGGCUAUAGGGAAUGUACAGAGCACAUGUGCUCACUUGAGAGUGAAUUAGAAAGCCAGAUGGGAGAAUUUCAUGUCAAGAUGAAGGGCCUCGCUGGCUUUGCACGGCUGUGUGCUGGUGACCAGUAUGAGGUUCUAAUGCGUUAUGGGCGACAACGCUGGCGGCUACGAGGCCGUGUGGAAGUAAGCAACAAGCAGAUAUGGGACAGCGAAGAGUAUAUUUUCCUGCCUCUCAUCACAGAGCUGCUGUCAAUCAAGGUGACGGAGCUGAAGAGCCUGGCCAAUCACGUGGUGGUGGGCAGUGUAUCCUGUGAAAUGCUCGACCUGUUCUGCCCACUCCCCCAGACGCUCGCCGUGGACAUUAAUGACCUCGGGACGGUGAAGCUAAACUUGGAGGUCACCUGGAGUCCAUUUGAUAAGGAUGACCAGACAUCAUCCACCAGUACAGUUUCUAAACGGCUGCUGUCCAAUCAGAGUCCCCCUGACACGCCCUCUAUGCGGGAGCAGGUGUUCUAUUCUCUACUGAAGAGACAGGGAGAAAUGGAGAAUGGGACAGUCUGGUCCAACUCCUCUGAGUCCUCUGAUGACUCCUCCAGUCCAGCUCUGGCUCACCACGCUCAGAGGCUGACGGCCUCCAACAUGCUGCAAACCACUCUUACCAGUCAGCUGUCAUUCACUCCGCACAAGUCCAGCGCGUCAACGCCAUCCCUUUCGUCAAACCAAGAAGAGGACGAGACAGAAGCCGGGGAGGUCUUCUCUCAGACAGAUGCAGUGCCAAACGGCCAUCUGCAGACAUCCUGCUCUCACAGCCAUGUGAGUGAGAGCAGCCCAGACUGUACUGUGACUGACAGAGCGUCAGCUGACCUCUCUGAAACCUCAGCAGACCUGAGCUGCUCAUUACCUGACGUCUCACCUGUACCUCCUGUGUUGUCGGUGGACAGAGCCGAUGUGUCUGAAAGUGGUAUCCCACAAGUGUGUGUUUCAGCAGAGGAGGUAAAGGAUGCUCCAAGUGAGGACUCGUCUGUACAGGCUGAAGCAGAGACAGGGGACAGCACCACUGAAGUAGCAGGUGGACACCAGGUAGAAGCAUCAGACAAGCACAGUCAGCCACAUCAGUCCACCCAGGAGCUAAAACAACCAGAGGACACUCCAAUGGUUCCUUUUCCUACUUCCUCCAGUUUCACCCAGGAAGUUGAGACAGCCCUUGAAAGUUUUGACUUUCUCAACUGCUCUGACCUUGAUGAAGAUGAUGAGGAGGGGGAGGCAGAUGAACAACAGGAGGAAAAUGAAGGAGGAAAAGAAGAGGUGGACAGGCAACACGAAGAGGACCAAAACAAAAAGAAGCAAGAGAAAACAGAGGAAGAGCAAAAGGAUGGGGAGGAUUUCUACUCUGGAGGAAGCAGUGAUGAGGAGGAGGUGGCAGACGGCCUCGAGAUCCUUAUGGAAGCCCCAGAAGGGUUUAGGAAUUCAGAUGAGGAUCGUUUUUCUGAAUCACAGGAGUCGAGUGUGGAAGAUGUGCAGGAUUUGGGACAAAUGGAAAUGCCCGAGGAUAAAGAGGAACCCAGUGAGGAAAAGGGAGAUGAAGAUGAACAACAUGGAGAGGACACAUUGCAUGGUCAAGAGGAUCGUGCCUCUACUCCCAGCCAUUUGGCCACUACUGUCUUCUAAUGAGUGAUAACAGUGGAAUCAUAGCUGAAUCAUUUCCCCCAUGCUGAUCUACUCAUGCCAUCUCCCUCUUACACUGAGGAACCAGAGGCCUUGAGGAUGUUCCACUUACUGCGCAGACAAACAAGCUCUUCCAUUACGGUGGAGUUUGUGCACGUAUUUGCCUUGAUCUUACCAAGAACGCUAAACCUUGAGGUUUCUGCACCUCAGUCAUGACUGAAAAUCCCCCCCACAUACACACACACACCUCCCUUCAAAAGUCCUCGUUCCUUCAACACACACUCUUAUCAUGUUGCCUGGGUUAAAGUGGGAUACCACUAGAGUUUACAUGUUCAUAAACUGUUCCUGUCCUGUGAAAAUGUAGUGUCCAAAAUGUAAACAUUUCAGGAACAGCUAAAAGCGGCCUUGUUUUUGGCUUUAUUACAGUGCAAUUCUUAAGUGACGUAAUAAUUUUGAAAUGGUUUUAUAAGUUCCAAGUUGAUGGAUUUAGUCUACGGAGAAGCAUACAAUCACUUACCGAGUUACAUCACUGUUGCAUUAAGGUUUUCAAAACUAUCAGUAUUUGCGGACAUGAAAGACUAUUGAGGUUGAUUUUCAGUGUUAAAUCAGCGUACAUCCCAGAGCUCUUUCACUGACAGUGAGACAGGAAAAGGCUUCUGAAGCAUGUGAUGUUUGUCUGAAGAUUUUUAUCGACAAGAAGUCGUGUCCAAACCACGAAUGUACCCUGAAAACCAACAGGAUAUUUUCAUUUUAGGCAUCAGAGACAGUUAAUGAGAAUAUUCAGAAAUAUACAAUUAACCUUCAAAGCUGUACCAGGGCCUUAGCUGGAUAAUGAACAUGCGUUAUAUAAGUAUAAAUACUUCAAGGAUAGCAGUUUGAGUUUCACUUUGAAACUCGUUUUGGUCCGGUUUUUACAAACACGAAACAUGAAAAUCUGCAGUGUAAAACGAUAUUUAAACCUGCAUGUGUAGCUGCCUCACACUGCCAGCAUGUCUGUAUAAAAAGCGCAACGGAUCAGUUUUAAGUGUGUAAGCUAGGGCUCCAGUGUAAGGAAGCCAUCGGGUUUGUAGCUGUGUACAAAAGCUGCCUCACGGGGGCGCCAUAGUCUUUCAGCAUCAUGCUUUACGUUGUUCUACAAAAGCCUCCUCAUUCAGAAAGUGCCUCAAGCUACAGAGAUGUAAGGUUUUAAUUGCCGGGACAGGAGAGAUCAGGCAAAAGAUAACAGUGUUUAUUUUCUGAAUUACUUUAAGAGUGUGCACAAUAAGAGAUAUUUACUGUUUCAUAUAAAGAAUUGUAUAUGUCUUGAAAUGUUAAAAUGUUUAUGUUCAGAAAUGUUUAAACUUUAUAAAGGUUUCUUUAA